AAAACGCGGGCAGCAAACCAGCGUGAGCGUGAACUUUCGCGGCAUUCGCCAUAUUUAUUUGUUUGCCCGGAAAGUUAAAACGUUUGCUUGUGCCCUCAAGAGUUCGUUGAUUUUUUCGAAAUUCGGCUCGAUUUAUGGUGUGAUCAUCGCCGACCAGCUUUCCGAUCCAUCCAAAAAUGGGCUCGAGUUACAAAUUGGACAAAGACGCGUUCUCGCGCAGACUGAAACGCUUGUACGACAUGUGGAAGGAGCCUGAUGAAAAGUGCGAGGGCGGCUUCAAAAACAUGGACGCAUUAGUUGUUCCAGUCGGCAACACGGAGGAGAUAGUUUACUGCAAAUCAACCUCACUGCAACUCUGGCUUUUCGGCUAUGAAUUAGCAGAUUGUGUAAUGGUUUUUGCUGAAAAUGAGGUCCACUUCUUAGCAUCCAAAAAGAAAAUUGAAUUCUUGAGUCAGAUAGCAGCUGUAAAAAGCGAGGAGGGGAUGCCUACCUUUAAAUUCCAUCCAAGAGACAAGUCUGAUGAAGACAAGGCCAAUUUCAAAACUUUGAUGAACAUAAUCAAAGGAAGUAAAGAAGGAAAAGUUGUUGGGAUGUUUGUGAAGGACAAGGAUGGUUUUAACGACAGCUUUGUCAAAUCUUUCAAAAAUACCAUGAAGGGAGAAAACUUUGAGAUCUUUGAUGCAUCAACAGCAAUGUCAUAUGCUAUGGGACCAAAAGAUGAUCAGGAGUUGAGUACGACAAGAAAAGCCUGCCAAGUUUCCAGUGAUCUGUAUAACAAGUACUUGAAAGAUCAAAUUAUGGACAUAAUUGACUCUGAGAAAAAAGUGAGGCAUUCAAAGUUGUCAGAGAGCACUGAAGGGGCCAUGAGUGAUAAAAAGUAUAUUUCUGGCUACGACACAAAUUAUCUAGACAUGUGCUACCCUCCUAUCAUUCAAUCUGGCGGAAACUAUGCUUUGAAAUUCAGUGCCGAAAGUGAUAAGAACUGCUUGCAUUUUGGAGCUAUUGUGUGCUCUUUGGGAGCUAAAUACAGGCACUACUGUUCCAACAUAACACGAACACUUCUCGUCAACCCAUCGGAUGAAAUCAAAGAGUUAUAUGAAAUUGUUGUGGAUCUGCAAGAGGAGGUUCUAAAACACCUUGUUCCUGGAGCUAAGCUGAGUGACGUUUACGAAGCUGGAGUAAAGUUCAUCAAGGAGAAAAAACCAGACAUGCUUGACAGAUUCACAAAAAAUUGGGGAUUUUCCAUGGGUUUGGAGUUCCGAGACUCUUCAUUGAUUAUUGGGCCCAAAUCAACAGGCUACGCCAAAAAGAACAUGGUAUUCAAUGUCAACAUGGGAAUACAGGACAUUAAAAAUCCCAAGGGUUCUGACAAAACUGACAAAACCUAUGCUAUUUUUGUUGGAGAUACGGUUGUGGUGAAUGAGACUGGACCAGCAACCAUCUUUACCAACAUCAAGAAAAAAAUCAAAAAUGUUGGAAUUUUUAUAAAAGAGGAAGAGGAUGAAGAGGAAGAGUCUGAGAAGGAGGACAAAAAUGAUGAGGUUCCAAAAACUCUUCUUGGCAGGGGCAAAAGAACUGCGGUGCUGGAUAACAAAUUGCGUGUGGAAUCGUCAACAGAGGAAAAGAGAAAACAACACCAAAAAGAAUUGGGUGCAGCCAUGAACGAAGCAGCUCGUCAGCGUUUAGCUGAACAGGGCAGUGGUCAGCAAGUUGAAAAGGUCAGGAAGUCAACCGUGUCGUAUAAGAGUGCUUCUCAAAUGCCACAGGAGAACGAAGUGAAAGAGCUCAAAAUUUUUGUUGAUCGAAAGUAUGAAACUGUUCUACUUCCCAUUUUUGGCCUUUCAGUGCCAUUCCACAUUUCUACAAUUAAAAACAUCUCUCAAAGUGUGGAGGGAGACUACACCUACUUGCGAAUUAACUUCUUCCAUCCUGGCGCCACUGUAGGCCGUAAUGAAGGUGGUUCAUACUCUCAACCAGAUGCAACCUUUGUGAAGGAGAUGACGUACCGCAGCACAAAUGUUAAAGAGCAAGGAGAAUUGUCUGCUCCGAGCUCUAACUUGAGCACAGCUUUCCGUCUGAUCAAAGAAGUCCAAAAGAAAUUCAAAAACAGAGAGGCUGAGGAAAAAGAAAAGGAAGAUUUAGUGAAGCAAGAUACUCUGGUCAUCAGCACCAACAAGGGCAAUCCUAAACUCAAGGACCUGUACAUCCGUCCUAAUAUUGUCAGCAAACGAAUGACUGGCGUGCUUGAGGCUCAUACAAAUGGAUUCAGAUACACGUCUGUUCGAGGAGAUAAAGUUGAUAUUCUUUACAACAACAUUAAACAUGCUUUCUUCCAACCAUGUGAUGGGGAAAUGAUUAUCCUCCUGCACUUCCAUUUAAAGCAUGCCAUUAUGUUUGGCAAGAAAAAGCACAUUGAUGUGCAGUUCUACACAGAAGUUGGAGAAAUCACCACUGACUUGGGUAAACAUCAGCACAUGCACGAUCGAGAUGACCUGGCUGGCGAGCAAGCUGAAAGAGAACUUCGCCACAAAUUGAAAUCUGCAUUUAAGAGCUUCUGUGACAAAGUCGACACUAUGACAAAGCAGGAGGUUGACUUCGACACUCCGUACAGAGAUCUUGGCUUCCCUGGUGCUCCAUUCCGAAGUACUGUGCUCCUGCAGCCAACCAGCGGUUGCCUUGUAAAUCUCACUGAAUGGCCUCCUUUUGUCAUCACCUUGGAAGACGUUGAGUUAGUUCACUUUGAGAGAGUGCAAUUCCACCUUAAGAACUUUGACAUGGUGUUUGUCUUUAAAGACUACAGGCGGAGGACUGUUAUGGUGAAUGCAAUUCCUAUGAAUAUGCUUGACCAUGUUAAGGAGUGGCUGAAUUCUUGUGACAUCAGAUAUACUGAAGGUGUUCAAUCUCUUAAUUGGGCAAAGAUUAUGAAAACCAUUGUGGAUGAUUCUGAAAAUUUCUUUGAAUCUGGUGGUUGGAGUUUCUUGGAUCCUGAAUCAGGUUCUGAAAAGGAGCAGGAAUCGUCAGAAGAUGAGGAAGAUGAAGUCUAUAAGCCAACUGAUGAAGAAAGUGUUGAAGAAUCAGAAAGUGACAGUGACGACUAUUCUGAGUAUUCUGAAGACUCUGAAUCAGCAGAAGAACUUGGAAGCUCAGAGGAAUCUGGAAAAGAUUGGUCUGAUUUGGAGGCUGAGGCUGCUGCUGCUGAUAAAGAAGAUUCCCUCGUUGACGAGUUUCCAAAUAAAAAGGGAUCAAGUAGCAGUAACCAGAAGCAUGGCAGUAGCAGCAAGCAUACCAGCAGCAGUAGCAAACAUCACAGCAGCAGCAAGCAUAAGAGCCCUGAGAAGAGACAUGGUUCAUCCAGGAGCCACAGUUCUUCACCAAAGAAGAGCCAUAAGGACAAACACAGCAGUCCUAAGAAGUCUUCUCACAGCAGCAAAGACAAAUCAAGUUUGAAAAGAAGCCAUGGCAGCAGCCACAGCAGCAAGGAUAGCAAGCGAUCAAGGAAAUAAAUUAUUUUUUAUACCUCUGCUGUAGACCAUUCCGUAUAGUAGUAUCAAUCAGUGUAAUUUCAACACAGCCAAAACCAUUACUUUUAAUUGUCAGAUUUUAAUUUCCAUAAAAUUUUCAUUCUUAUAACUUUCUUAAAAUUUCAUUGAUGUGCUCUUGCAAGGAAUAAAAUAAUGAUCUUAAUUAAUUAUACAUGA